UUUUUCUGUUUGUAAGGACUAAUUUAGAACUUGCAGAUUUGAGCUGCCUGAAUUGGCUAGACAGCUGUAAUCGCACUCCUCCUAGUCUUAAUCUCUUUAUCUGGGCAGCAGCUGCCAUAUGGUCUCAGUCAGCUGGAUCAGAUGUUCAUAAGCCUCCUUCUCCGUCCCUCUCUGUCCUCCCAGUCUCCUAAUUUGAUCGCUGCUACCUUGUGAGCUGUCCUGCAAUCUUUAUUUUUAGCCAUCUUAAGGAUUAGGAUUGAUGUGGACUACGGGGCACUUAAAGUGAUUGUAUUGUAAAUCUGCUGUGGACCGCCUCUUUGGGGAGGAUGUUCCAUUUCUCCAAAGAUUUGGGGAGGGGGAAAAGGGGAGGAGAGGGUUGGCGAGAGGUUUGUUAUCCCCCUGUCCCCCUAUAAGCCCCUCAUUAAUGAAGGUCUGAACGCUGUUUGGGGUGGGGUGGGGGGCUUUGGCUUGCUAUCCCAAUCAGAUUUAAAUGAAGAUUCAAAUGAGUUCAUUUAAGUCCGCUGGUUGAACAUGACGCUGGUGCAUUUUUUUAGACGGGAACAAUCUCCGCGGGUAACAGGUUAUGAAGACAGCAUGGAGUUUCCAGACCACAGCAGACAUUUGCUACAGUGUCUGAGCGAGCAGAGACAUCAGGGAUUCCUUUGUGACUCCACUGUGCUGGUCGGUGAUGCCCAGUUCCGAGCCCAUCGUGCAGUGCUGGCUUCAUGCAGCAUGUACUUCCACCUCUUUUACAAGGACCAGCUAGACAAAAGGGACAUUGUUCAUCUGAACAGCGACAUUGUCACGGCUCCGGCCUUCGCUCUCCUGCUUGAGUUCAUGUACGAGGGAAAGCUCCAGUUUAAAUCGCUUCCAGUGGAGGAUGUGCUGGCUGCUGCCAGCUACCUCCACAUGUACGACAUUGUCAAGGUGUGCAAGAAGAAGCUCAAGCAGAAGGCCACGACUGAGGCCGACAGCACCAAGCGGGAGGAGGAUGCGUCCAGCUGCUCGGAUAAGGUGGAGAGCUUCUCGGAAGGUGGAAGCACGGGCCGGCCGGCCACCGCUGACCUGCUGCAGAGUGACGACGAGGACAUGGAGAACAAACGGGACAGCCCUCAGGAGCCGGGGAGCAUGUGGAUGAGACUGCCUUCUGACCGGACCACGUCUCCCACCACCAGUCCCAGGGAAGCAGAAACGCACGGCCCUGACACUGGCAAAUCCCCUGCCGGCAGCCCCAGCAGCUCCACCGGCUCCCGGUCCCGUCGCUCUGCAGCGUCUCGGAGGGUCUCCGCAGACACAGAUUGCGUGCUCGAUCUCUCGGUGAAGUCCAGCCUGGGCGGAGGACCUGGGGAGACCCUGGCAGGCAACCAUUACUUCUGCAGCUCUGUCACCCCAGACAGCCUUCAGAGUGCCCUGGUUCAAGUCAAGGUGGAGAAGGACACGGGCUCAGACGACGAUGAGCUGGUGAGCGGCGACUACGAGAUGGAGCACAGCGGUGUGAAGGAGCCGCCCAGCACCAACGGGACUCACAUCAGCCUCGUUGCGCAACGGAGGCUGGGCCUGGAGGCGCACCUUUCGGCCUUGCGUGAGGCCUCACUGGCCAGCGAGCUGGAGCGGGACGACAAAGGAGAUGACACGGACGUCCUAGGAGGGGACAGUGAGCGAGCUCAGGAGGUGGCAGGGGUCGAAAGCGCCCUGUUGCCUUACGUCUCCAGCAUGCUGGGGGCCCCACAUACUCAGAUCUUCAUGUGCCCCUUAUGCAACAAGGUCUUCCCCAGCCCCCACAUCCUGCAGAUCCACCUCAGCACGCAUUUUCGAGAGCAGGAAGGCGUACGGGCCAAGCCGGCCAGUGACGUUAAUGUCCCCACCUGCUCCAUCUGCGGCAAAACCUUCUCCUGCAUGUACACGUUAAAGCGCCACGAGCGGACACACUCGGGCGAGAAGCCCUACACAUGCACUACUUGCGGCAAGAGCUUCCAAUACUCGCACAACCUGAGUCGACAUGCCGUCGUGCACACGCGCGAGAAGCCACACGCUUGUAAGUGGUGCGAGCGGCGCUUCACGCAGUCAGGGGACCUGUACCGACACAUCCGCAAGUUCCACUGCGAACUGGUCAACUCGCUCUCGGUCAAGAGCGAGGCGCUCAAUCUACCCACGGUCAGAGACUGGGCACUGGAAGAUAGUUCUCAAGAACUGUGGAAAUGAAUGCUAAAAUGAUAGCAGACUGUUUGAACUGCUUGUUAAAUUGAUGAGAGAGAUCUGAGUGACAUUUUUUGGGGCAGAGUGGUGAAGGUAAGAGUGGGGCAGAGUGACGGCCGAAGGGUCCGAAUCAGUCAUUUUUCUUGUAUGUACAUUGCAAAUCUUGUUGAAUUGCACUUUACUAGCACAUGAAAAUGUUACUACUGAUUUUUUUUUCUCAGUUCUUU